GAAUCCCCCAUCCAUGGCAGCUUCCAUGGGAGGCAAGGCCCCAGCAUCCAAGGGCUUCCUCUGAUUGUCACCCACCCCCACCUGAGACCUUAGUGGUUAGAUGGGGGAGGGGGGGCGGGGCCUGAUUCGCAGCAGGGUGUGUCCAGAUGGUCAGUCUCUGGUGGCUAGCCUGUCCUGACAGGGGAGAGUUAAGCUCCCACUCUCCACCGUGCUGGCUGGCCAGGUGGGCUAAGGGUGACCGAGAGACCAGAACCUGCUUGCUGGAGCUCAGUGCUCAGAGCUGGGGAGGGAGGUCCUGCGGCUCCUCCGCUGUCAGCGCCCACAGCCCCUCCCCACUUCACUUCCUCCCGCAGCCCCUGCCACCAAGAAGCUCCAGGAUCCCAGCAGCCGCCACACCCUGGCUUCAGCCUGCGCAGCUCCAGUCAGGCCAACACCGACCUGCAGCUGGGAGGAAGACAGGACCCUUGACAUCUCCAUCUCCACAGAGGUCCUGGCUGGACUGAGCAGCCUCCUCCUCCUAGGAUGACCGUACCCUCCAGCUCUCCAGUUUUCAGGCUGGGGACAUUAGACGGAGGCCAAGAAGAUGGCGCUGAGGUGGACGAAGCCGGCUUUGGGGAGCGGGCUGACUCCCAUGGAGUCACCGUUCCAGGGCGAGGACCGGAAAUUCACCCCUCAGAUAAAAGUGAAUCUCAAGUACAGAAAGGGAACAGGUGCCAGUCAGCCGGAUCCAAACCGAUUUGACCGAGAUCGGCUCUUCAAUGCCGUCUCCCGGGGUGUCCCCGAGGAUCUGGCUGGACUUCCAGAGUACCUGUGCGAGACCAACAAGUACCUCACCGACUCGGAAUACACAGGUAGACCCUGCCCUGUGCAUCCAAGGCUAGGCAUCGUGUGAGCUGAUAGUUAGGUGGGCUGGG